AGAAAAGAAAAGCAUCAAGUUGAGGCAGAAUCGCAGUUCCCCGAAGCAUAAACCCCCACAAAACCCUACCGUCAAAUCCAAUCUCUCAAUUCCGAAUGGCAAGUAGAAAAAUGGGGAAAAUUCCACAGGCUUUCAGGAGGGUAGCCGCUCAAUCCCCAGCUUCGACUCUCCUCAAGCCGAAAACCUCUUCCGCUUUGCAGGCUGAGAAAGCCCCACCACCAGUUCCUCAUUGGCAAAGGCAGAAGAAAUUUUCCGAGAAAAGACCCGUCGCAGAGAACGAUUUCGCAGCAAAAUCUCCGUCGCUAAUUUUCGAGUCUGCAAAUCUCUCAGACGCCAAAUCUCUUUUCAACUCCUUCAUUUCCUCCACCCGGGACGCCCCUUCAGAAGCCAGCUUCUACAAUUCAAUUCUGCAGUCAUUUGCUGCCGUUUCGUCUAUCCAAGAUUCGAUCUUCUUCCUCAAUCACAUGGUCAAGAAGCACCCCCCAUUUUGCCCCAAUCGUUUUACUUAUCAUAUACUUCUUAAGCAGGCUUGUUCGUCGGCAGAUGAGGAGUCUCUCUCUGGUGUACACAAUGUGCUCAACCUCAUGACAAACAGCGGGUUUCCGCCCAAUCAGGUGUCAACGGAUGUUUCCGCGAGGGCCCUCUGCGAAUGUGGACGAGAGGAGCAUGCUGUCGAGCUGGUUAAAGAGCUUUCGACCAAAAAUUUGCUUCCUGAUACGUAUACUUACAAUUUUAUGGUGAGACAUUUAGUAAAGAACAGGUCUGUAAGUUCUGCAAAUUCGUUUAUAACUGAUAUGAAAGUGUUUGUUAUAAAUCCGGACCUUGUGACAUACACUAUAAUGAUUGACAAUGUCUGUAACACGAAGAAUUUAAGGGAGGCGAUGAGGUUGCUAAGAGUGUUGAGUGAGGAAGGGUUCAAGCCUGAUUGCUAUGUGUACAAUACAAUUAUGAAGGGCUAUGCUCAUUUGAGUCAAGGAGGUGAUGUAUUGGGAGUGUAUAAGAGAAUGCUGGACGAGGAGGUUGUACCGGAUCAUAUUACUUAUAACACUUUGAUAUUUGGAUUGUCGAAAUCGGGUAGGGUUAAGGAUGCUAAGAAAUUUCUGCAAGUGAUGACUGAGAAAGGUCAUACACCAGAUGCCAUUACUUAUACUUCGUUGAUGAAUGGAAUGUGCAGAGAAGGAGAUGCGUUGGGGGCGUUAGCAUUGUUAGGGGAGAUGGAAUGGCAGGGGUGUAGUCCAAAUUCAUGUACUUAUAACACUUUGCUUCUUGGACUGUGUAAGGGCAGGCAGUUGAAUGAAGGACUUAAAUUGUAUGAAAUGAUGAAGAAAGGCGAUAUAAAGUUGGAAACAGGGUCAUAUGGGACACUUUUAAGGGCAUUGUGUAGGCAAGGCAGAGUUGCUGAAGCUUAUGAGGUUUUUGAUUACGCAAUUGAGAGCAAGAGCAUACCAGAUAUUGCGGCUUAUUCAACUUUAGAAAGUACUCUUAAGUGGUUGAAGAAAGCCAGAGAGCAAGGUCUUGUUGUUUGACAAAAACUGGUCACUUCAAGUUUUUGUCUUUAAAUUUUUGAAGGUUCAUUAUUAUAGUGAUAUAUCGACAAUAUUUACACUUGUGUAGAAAGCAAACUUGUUAGAAACUGUUGGGAUUGAGAUCGAACUCUAUCUGUGACAUAUGCCAAUGGAUUGAAAGCAUUGAGAUACUUGUACAGUUUCAGUCUUUUUGAAGUGAUGGAUUUUUCUUGUAUGUGUUGCAUUACAGUAGCACCAUAUAGAGCAUCUGCUAUAUCAGACUUUACUUGGGUGGUAUUUGUAAGUCUAACCAACUCUGUAGUUUCAGCUUAUAUUCGUCUUCUUCUCCACAGACAAUGCUCAUACGGGCACAUGCUUGAUGUCUCUUGUUGCUGCAGUGUAAUAAGCCAUGAAUUGCUCAAUUCUUAGGCUCUAUUUUUGUAGUGGAGCUGCAGAAAUCUCAUACUAGUUGUUUCUUGAAAGGUAGCCAUCAUAUAUAAUCAAGUUGUUUCCAUUUGAUUCUUUGUAUGGGGAUAAGAUUUUUGAAUAAUCUUUUACAUAUAUAUAGAAAUUAAAUGCCUCUGCCUAUCUCUAA